AUGACCAAUAGACCAUCGGAAACACUCAUACUGAAAGUCCCGCACGCCAUUUCCAUAGAAGGAUAUAUUGGUCGUGAUAAGACAACAGGGGAGCCUGUAUUAUGCUCCUCGUAUCUGGAUCACCCUCUAACCCCAGACUCAGAAAUCCUUAGCAAUAUCACCAAACUUUCCGCUUCUCUUCAACAUAGUCAAGAGGUCAUCAUGGUGAUGAGAGCAACAGUUGAAAGAAUUGUUGAAGAACGGGAUAAGUCACACAAAAAGGUUUUCAGUACCGGUUGGAACUUGACUGGUCAUCCUCUCCAAUCGAAAGCAAGGCAAGCUUUUAUACUAAAAUCAAGGUCAGACUUAGGGAAAGCUAAACAGAAGGAGCGGGACCUGUAUGAUGAGUUGACAGAACAUCAGAGGUAUUAUCAUGAUAAAAUGGAGAAGUUUGCCACAGCUGUGGGUAGAUAUGAACAUGCACACUACAGUCACAGGUCAACAUCAUCAAUGGUGCAACCUACUUUAUCACAGAACGAGAAAUAUGGAAGAGCUAUUGUGGAAGCCUCUUAUUUGAAAAACUUUCCCUUUGACCCGGGCACGAACCCAAACAAAGUGUUCAAUCCAGAAAUUUGGUCCGAAUCGUUUACAACAACUACUUUGUGGGGUGCCUUCUACUCCAGUCACCUGACGGUCAGAGACAUCAAGUACAAUUGGCCUUCAACCCUUGUUGAACUGACCGCUGCAGGUUACAGCGAUCAGACAAACUGGGGAGGAGUAGAGUCUCACAUGAUCCACCACCAAACAGAUUUCAUAAACCGUUACGGCCCACCGAUUUUUUCUCACACUAUCACAACUCUUCAGUCAUCGUCAUCUACAACUGCCAAGUCAGAUAUCGAGCCCAUUCCACGGUCUCAAACGGUCCCUCCUGGGUAUUAUCCGGGUCGACAAUUGGUCACUUUGAGGGAAGCAAAUAUGUCAUCUCUACCCACUAUCAAAGGUUUCGGACACCAACAACCUGGUCAGUGUCAGGACCAGACGUUGAAAAUAGUCUGCGUCUAUGAGCUAUGGUGUUACGGAGUAACAACGAAUCGAGAGAACUCCAUCGAGUUUGACGGAUUAGGAAAGAGAACGGCGAGAGUUGGAGGCAGUGCUUGUUAG